UGUGACUCGCUCGUCUGUGAUCUUUGGCAGCGAGCCAGAACGGGUCGUUUGUUUUUCCACGGAUGGGCGAGGUAAAAAGCGGGUCUCCUCGGCGGUAUUGCCUCUCACACAACAGCCACCUACGUUACAAUGUUGUGGCUAACCCUAACAAAGCGAGAAAGUAAAUGACGGAGAAUUCCUCGGUCGGCAAUGAGGAAUUUUUUUGUUGUCAAACCUUACAGUGAAGUAUAUAGGCUACACACACAGUUCGUGCAAUAACAUAUUUUUUAGUAGGCCUGAGGCUAUUUUGUAGACCUUCCUCACAGUCUAACAAGACCAGACCGGAGUGACAUUCAGGCUAUGCGAAAUUAUUAUCAAAGUAAACGAACUAUCCACACGAAUAGCCCCCAGACUUAUUAUGAAUCGAGGGCGCAGUAAUUGAAAAGUGCAAACGUUGUCUCGGUUUGUGACUUUGAUCUGGGGGUUUCCGUGUUCGCCAGUCAGACAGGCUGUGAGUUGUUGAGUUUACUGAAUCACGAGGGGUUGAUUGGUGUACGUUAGUCAUGCUGAACUUUGUCCAAUAUUUAGACGUCGCUAUCAAACGGUGGUUAGGGGCUAUAUUCUCAUGUCGAAUUGCAACAACGUUGCAGGCACGCGCCACAGUAUGACUGCAACAAUGUACCAACUACCUCAUGUGAUAUUGUUGCAUAGAAUAGUGGCAAGCGUGUGGCAAGCGAUUGACAAAGUAGCCUAAACAGUUAAUCGCGGCUAUUUGUAAAAUGAUAAAACAUUGACGUUAAAUUAGAAUAGUUGCAUUAUGAAAACAAUUGUCUAAACAAGUCCCGAGUGUGCAAAGCUGAACUCGUAAACUAUGAAUUGGAAAGAGGCUAUCCCGUUUUAAAAGGGCGAAGGGAGGAGGGUAAAAAUCUGCCAUGGUAACAGAGUCGAAUUGUAUGGUUGGGUGAAAGCUAUCCGCCUCGUGACGUUGUGCUGGCAGUGUGACCGGAAUGAGGAUUUGCUAAAUAGGGCUCUAGUGCCAGUCCGGGAGAGCAUGCAUAGCCUAGCUACCUAAAGGAGCAAGAUAGGUAACGCCACUUGUUGAGUUGCAUGCAAAGGCAUUAUACAUUCGUGAGACAAUUUAGGAGCCGCAAUAAUUGUAGAUGUUGCUUCGAAUUCUUUGGAUGUCGAUUCUCAGUAAGCAGAAGCCUAUCAUCAACAGUUUUGAUACAAUUAACCUUGACGUGAAAUAAAUAAUUUUAGCAGCAGGGCUCAACUGCGUCCAACCAGUUUAUCUUCAGGGCUUGCAGGCAGGUUAACUAAUUGCACAAGUGGUAGGGCCUACAGAUAAAGAGAGAAAAAAUGUGAGCAUGAGCUGGAGGGGCUGUCUAAGAAUCAAGUAGAUAGAAUUUGAGCUGCUGGAAGCACUUGUGGUGUGUCGUCGGUGACGUCACCGCCCUACAUUGAGCUUGAGCUGUGAGUUGUAGUGCGAGAUAGAUUGAGGCGCGCCGUAGUAAAGUACACAACUGCAAUGAACUCCUCAAUGUAACUUGGCUGUUUUAAGGCUGUUUGGCUAGAGGGAAAAUACACAAUUAUUCGCGAUUCCUUUUUUUUCUACAGAAUAAAACGAAUCCCAGGGAGAUUUGGAGAAUUUGGUAUCCACUUUUUCGAAAACUAUGUCGUCCGCGGCUGUAGCUGCUUCGAGGAGGCAGUCGUGUUAUUUGUGUGAUUUGCCCCGCAUGCCAUGGGCGAUGAUCUGGGAUUUUACCGAACCUGUUUGCAGGGGAUGUGUCAAUUACGAGGGAGCCGACCGGAUUGAGUUUGUAAUUGAGACUGCCCGACAGCUGAAGAGGGCUCAUGGCUUCCAGGACGGGAGAUCUCCCGGGCCAGGCAAACCUCAGCACUCGGGGAAGGACAUUCAGUCCCACAACCAUUCGGCUGGAGACCCCGGCUCGCGUCCGCCUCAGCCUCUGGAUCGCUAUCCCCUCUCUGACCGACCGCCAAGGUUGGGACCGGAGUAUCAACCGGGGAGGCAAGUUAACGGCAUCCCUGUGCCAAAUGGAUUUCCAAAACCCGACGACCCGCCGGAGCUGAACCGCCAGAGCCCCAACCCUCGCAGGACUAGCACGGUUCCUCCCAAUUUGGUGCCUUUAGUAAACGGAAACAUGGGUCCAGUACACGCACUCAAUGGUCGGCCCGCUCAAAUGGGUAUGCCUGGCGCAUUGAAUGUUCCUGGUCAAGGCGACCACGGCAAGCGCGGGGAGGAUAUGAAAGACAAGCAUAGACCGGAUAGCAUGUCGGACAUGUCGGAGAGCCACAAGCGGGCGGAGGAGUGGAUGGGCAAAGGCAAAACAGUGAGGGAUUUGAUGGCUCUCCACACAUUCGACAGCAGGUUCAAGAAAGACCAUGCGGCGAUGCAGCGCGUUAUGGGAUAUGAGUCAAGUGCAACUUCUUCAAAACCAGACCGAGGGAAGCACCCACGGAGCAUGAAGAGGAAAGCCUCCCCUGAGCCGGAUGGCGAGGGCUCCGCCCCCAAGAUGAACGGCGGCGAGGGCCAGCCGUGGUUGCCGUCUCCCUCAGAGGUCCUCAAGAUGCCCCCAGCCUCCCUGCCAGGCUUCUCUGCCGCUCCACCCUCCACCAUCUCCCCCCACAGUCGCACCACCCCACCGGAGGCGGCCACGGCACAGAACGGCCAGUCGCCCAUGGCAGCACUCAUCCUCGCCGCCGACAAUGCCGGCAACACUGGCUCGCCCAAGGAUGCCAACCAGGUGCACUCCACCACGGCAGCGGGUCGGCGCAACAGCGGGAGCCCAUUGUCCCCGUCCUCUGCAGGCCAGCGGCGGCUGACCCAGAGGGAGGUGGUGGCCACGGCCCACUCGCAGGGCAUGGACCCUCACGGGGCGCUGCCGCAGAGCAUUCCAGACUCGUCGGUGCCGGGCAGCGUGCCACUGUGUUGCACACUGUGCCACGAGAGGCUGGAGGACACGCACUUUGUCCAGUGCCCAUCGGUGCCCUCACACAAGUUCUGCUUCCCUUGCUCUCGGGAGAGUAUCAAACAGCAGGGGGCCACGGGAGAGGUGUACUGCCCCAGCGGGGAGAAAUGCCCACUGGUGGGCUCCAACGUACCAUGGGCCUUCAUGCAGGGUGAAAUAGCCACCAUCUUGGCAGGGGACGUGAAAGUAAAAAAGGAGAGAGACCCUUGAUUUUUACCAGGUUUUUAUUUUAUUUUUAACUACCACAACAAACAAACAACCAACAUGUACACCAUUACAAAUGAAUAUAAAUCCUCGUACCAUGCAUACCAUCCAAGAGAAACUGAUGGACAUGUACAUAUUGGACACAAGGGAAGUUGUAUACUUCGUAAACAUGGCUGUAUAAUUUUUUUUGAUUCUUUUGUUUUUCAAUACAUUGUGUUUCUAUAUAUUUUUUGAAGAUAAAGGUAUGUACUCAUCAUAAGACUACUUUCCUCUUCCCUCUUUUUUUCGAUGUCCUAUCGAUGUACUUUUUAGUUCUGGUGGCAGUCCCUGUUAAACAUAGAAUGUGACUAACUAAUAUGACUCUACGAGCACUUGGCAAACUGAAUUGCUUCUAGCUGUACUUGUAUGCACUUGUUUAAAAAAACUUGCCAAAUACAAUUUCUGACCUUGUAAUAAUAA